AUGCGGGUUAACGUAGCUCGGGUGUGGGAAGAUGCGGAUUAUGCCAAAGUCAAGAAUAUGUGUAAAAAUAAUCAAGGAUGGCAUGAGGUAUACAGAAAGAAAAACAUUUCCGUAUUCACCCAAUCAGUUCCAUGCAGUUACUACCAGAUGAUUAAGGCAGUAGCGAAGUAUCCAGACGUGCCAGCGUGUGUUGCUUACGACGUCCUGCAUGAUGCGACUUAUCGUUCACGUUGGGAUCGACAUAUGGCAGCACAGUGCUACAUAGGACGAAUAAAUCCCAACAAUGACAUAGGAUAUUAUGCAUUGUCAGCUAUGCCUCCAGUCCGAGCUCGUGAUUUCGUAAUGCAACGUUCAUGGCUCGACACCGGUGACGAGAAAAUGAUUUGCGGACACUCAGUUUGCCAUCAGGACUACCCUCCGAUGAAAGGCUACGUACGAGGAACCGCUCUUACUGUCAGCAUACCUUAUUCGAGGGCUUGA